CGUCGUUGGCGCAAACAUGAGUCCCGGGGGCGCGUCCAGAAGGGUGCUGCCAAUGUUGCUGCCGACUAGACUGCUGUUGCUGCUACUCAUUGUGGCGGCUCCCGCUGUGGGCAAGGGCUGCGUCUGUACGGCCAAGGGCCCAUGCUCCUGUGAUGGCAUCAAAGGCAAUAAGGGUGAGAAAGGCUUUCCCGGUUGCCCUGGUACUCCCGGCCAGAAAGGACUGCCUGGUCCAGAAGGUAUACCUGGACCCCAGGGACCCAAGGGUUCUCCAGGGUUUCCAGGCUUUAUUGGUUCCAAAGGCACAAGGGGAAUGACAGGAUUGCCAGGUUUUCCAGGUCCUCCAGGACUUCCUGGUAGUCCUGGGAAUACUGGUCCCUAUGGACCUCCUGGCUUACCAGGAUGCAAUGGCACAAAGGGUGAGCAAGGAUUUCCAGGACCUCCAGGGACACCAGGUCAGCCAGGGUUACCGGGCACCAAUGGAUUAAAAGGAGAAAAAGGAGCCCCGGCCCGUGAAAAAGGUACAGGAAAUGGUGGAAGAGGUGAUCCUGGGUUACCAGGAAUCCCAGGACGUCAGGGUUUGCCUGGCCCCCCGGGAUUUCCUGGGCCAGCUGGACCACAAGGGCCCCCAGGAUUCUUAGGUUUUCCAGGAGAGAUGGGACCUCCAGGACCAAAGGGUCACAUGGGUGUUAAAGGGAUUGGAGAAAAGGGAGAUCAGGGUUUGAGAGGGUUAACAGGACCCCCUGGACCACCAGGAGCAGUUAUUGUGACACUGACUGGACCAGACAACCUAACGGACUCUAAAGGGGAUAAAGGAGACAAAGGAUCUGUGGGUGAGCCAGGACCCCCAGGACCAAAGGGGUUACCUGGAGAAUCUUAUGCAUCUGAAAAAGGCAUUCCUGGAGACCCUGGUCCUCAGGGACAGCCUGGGAAAGAUGGUGCCCCUGGUUUCCCCGGCCUUCCUGGAGCUAAGGGUAAAAAGGGUUUGCCUGGAUUAACUGGCGAAACUGGCGUUAAGGGAUUUAAAGGAGACAUUGGCCCACCAGGAUUCCGUGGUCCAACAGAAUACUACAGUGGAUACCUGGAGAAAGGCAAUGAUGGCGCUCCUGGCCCUCCAGGACCCAAAGGAGAACGUGGUCCACGUGGACCCAGAGGUCCACCAGGAGAUAUUGGUAGACCUGGGGCAUCAAGACCUGGUCUUAGGGGUACUCCAGGAUUUCCAGGAAUCAAAGGACAUAAAGGAGAGAGAGGACCACCUGGCAUAAACAUAAUGGGGCCUCCCGGACUUCCUGGAUUCCCAGGCACACCAGGCUACAAGGGGUUACCUGGUCUUCCAGGACCACCAGGUAAAGUAACUUUUCAGAAUGGUCCUCCAGGAGACCAUGGAGAUCCAGGCCACGUGGGGUCUCCAGGCAUGCCUGGAGCCUAUGGGCCCAAAGGAGAAGAAGGACUGCUGUGUACCCAGUGCACUUAUACUCCAGGACCCCCAGGUCUGCCAGGUUUGCCUGGGUUAGAUGGUGAAAAAGGAACUCAAGGGGGGCAAGGUCCUGAUGGUUUAAAGGGAAGCCCAGGAUCUCCGGGAUAUACAGGUCUACCAGGCUUUCCAGGUUUCCCAGGUACUCCUGGUGAUCAGGGACAAAAGGGAGAAAAAGGUGAAACAUCACAUGAAGGAGAAGCAGGAGAUCGAGGGGAUCCGGGGAACAGAGGAGACCCUGGAAAAAAGGGCUCAGAUGGAAUUCCUGGAAAACCUGGCACAAAAGGAUUACCAGGAACAAAAGGCGAACCGGCUGUGAAUGGUGAAAAGGGGGAUAAAGGUUUUCCAGGAAAUCCUGGUGACCCUGGGCACCCAGGACCCAUGGGACCAGCUGGAGCAUCCAACUAUGGACCACCAGGAAAACCUGGACCAAAGGGAGCUACAGGCGUGCCUGGAUUUCCUGGAUUACCUGGAAAUGACGGUCCUAAAGGAGAACCUGGUAUAGCAGAACCAGUACCUGGCCCUCCAGGACCUCCCGGGUUACCAGGGCUACCUGGCCUCCAAGGCACAACUGGAAAACCAGGGUCCAUGGGACCGAGUGGUAACCCAGGUCCUCCUGGGUCUGAUGGUGAAGCAGGAUUCCCAGGAAUUGGAGUUCCUGGGCCUCCUGGACAAAGAGGAGACAGAGGUUUUCCAGGAGCCAAAGGAUCACCAGGUUGUCCAGGAGAAAUGGGGGAACCUGGGUCACCUGGAAUACCGGGGCUCCCAGGAGCAAAGGGAGACCCAGGUACAGCGAUUCCUGGAAAACCAGGAAUCACUGGUUUUCAAGGAGAAAAAGGAAGUUCAGGGGAAAAUGGAGAACAUGGGCUCCCUGGACUUCCAGGCCUUCCAGGAUCCCCGGGAAAUGACGGACCUAAUGGGCUACCAGGAGAGCCUGGAUUUCCUGGACCGCCAGGAUAUAAUGGGAUUCCGGGGAUCUGCAUACCGGGUGCAAAGGGAACCCAGGGACUUCCAGGUUUAAAUGGACUAAGGGGACCACAAGGAGACAGAGGCUUGGAUGGUCCUAAAGGAGACCCAGGGAUACCAGGCUUAGACAGGUCAGGAUCCCCAGGAGAACCUGGGCCACCAGGACUGCCAGGUCAUCAAGGAGAUAAAGGACUAGUAGGUCCAACAGGACAUCCAGGAGCUCCAGGACAUCCAGGUCCACCAGGCCAAAAGGGAGAAGUUGGUAUGAUGGGUUUUCCUGGAACAACUGGGCCUCCUGGGAUGCCUGGGAAUCCAGGCGCCCCAGGAUACAAGGGUAGCUUUGGAAUUCCAGGAAGAAAGGGGAAGAAAGGACUUCCUGGAGCAAAAGGGGAAAGGGGAAAUAAAGGAAACCAAGGACCAUCAAUGAUAUCGGCUGACAUAGGAGAGAAAGGUGAACCAGGACCAGGAGGACCUUUGGGAGGCCUUGGACAAAAAGGAGAGAGAGGUACUCCAGGUCUACCAGGACUACAAGGCCAUGAUGGAAUGCCUGGAAGACCAGGGCUACCAGGACUCAGAGGAGACCCUGGCACCAUAGGUCACCCUGGAGAACCAGGACCACCUGGAGGACCUGGAAGCAUGGGGCACAUGGGAAUGCCAGGCCCAAAAGGGAAAAAAGGAACUGCAGGCCACCCAGGUGUAACUGGCCGACCAGGCCUCCCUGGAAUUCAGGGCAUGAAGGGAGAGAAAGGAGAACCAGGCUACGCAAAGGAUGCACAGCCAGGACCUCCAGGGCCAACGGGAGAACCAGGACCCCCAGGCUCCCUAGGCAUGAAAGGAGGAAGAGGCCCACCAGGCCCACCAGGCCCAGUAGGACCUGCUGGAACUGAAGGAAACCAGGGACGUUCUGGAAACCGUGGCCCUCCAGGACAGCCUGGCCCUACUGGUGAUUUGGGAUUUAAAGGAUGCAAAGGUUUCCCUGGUACUCCAGGAAUGAAAGGACCUCCAGGCCCUCCAGGAGCCCCAGGACCUCCUGGACCAAUGGGUGAAAAAGGAAAACAAGGUGGGGAUGCAUUUCCUGGCCCAUCAGGAGAAAAAGGAGAACUAGGUCUGCUAGGGGCACUUCCAGGUCCAAGAGGUCUUCCUGGUUUACAAGGAGACAAAGGAAAUGAAGGAAGGCCAGGGUUACCUGGCAUCUAUGGUAUAAAAGGUGUGAUGGGAGAUGUGGGACCAAUAGGCCCCAUUGGCAUGACUGGACCACCAGGGCCACCAGGUUUUCCUGGUGCACUAAUUCCAGGCCAAAAAGGAAAUCAAGGUCCUCCAGGCUUGGGAGGAAAUCCAGGUGAUCCUGGCCCCCCAGGCCCACCUUGUGAAUACACAUCAGGAAUAAAAGGAGAAAAAGGUUUCCCAGGAGACCCUGGGCCCACAGGUCCAGCAGGAACCAUAGGAGACCCUGGGCCUCCCGGGCAUCUGGGAAUGCCAGGUACCCCAGGUUUUCCAGGUUUUGGAGGGGAUCCUGGAUUUCAAGGAUUUCCUGGCAUGACAGGAGAAAAGGGCAACCUAGGACCUCCAGGACCAUUUGGGCCUCCUGGGUCAAUUGGGCCAAAAGGACCUCCUGGUCAACCUGGAGACCCUGGAACAAUUAAAAUUAUAUCCCUGCCAGGGAGCCCAGGGCCUCCUGGUCAACCUGGAGACCCAGGAAUGCAGGGAGAACCAGGACCACAAGGACCAGCAGGAUACCCAGGACUGCAAGGACCAAGAGGUCAACCAGGGAAACCAGGAAAACCAGGAAUUCCUGGCCCAGUUGGAGAAAAAGGCAACAAAGGCUCUAAAGGAGAAAUUGGACCACCUGGAUCAGUUGGAUUGCCUGGAUUAAAAGGAAAACCUGGAAACUUUGGACCACCUGCAACUGGGUCAUCUAUCAGAGGCUUUAUCUUCACCCGUCACAGUCAAUCAACAGAGAUUCCUUCAUGCCCCAGAGGAACGGUGCCCCUUUAUCAGGGCUAUUCUCUUCUCUAUGUACAGGGAAAUGAACAAGCCUACGGACAAGACCUUGGAACUCUCGGUAGCUGCCUACAACGUUUUACCACAAUGCCAUUCUUGUUCUGUAAUACCAAUGAUGUGUGCAAUUUUGCUUCCCGAAAUGACUACUCGUACUGGCUGUCAACAACAGCACAGAUGCCGAUGAACAUGGCCCCAAUUACUGGCAGAGCUGUGGAGCCUUAUAUUAGCAGAUGUACAGUCUGUGAAGGUCCUGCCAUGGCCAUAGCAGUUCACAGUCAGACCACUGACAUCCCUUUAUGUCCUGAUGGCUGGAUUUCUCUUUGGAAAGGAUUUUCUUUUGUCAUGUAUACAAGUGCGGGCUCAGAAGGCUCUGGGCAAGCACUAGCAUCCCCUGGCUCCUGCCUCGAAGACUUCCGCGCCAAUCCAUUUAUAGAAUGUCACGGCAGGGGAACCUGCAACUACUAUUCGAAUUCUUAUAGUUUCUGGUUGGCUUCAUUAAAUCCAAGGAGAAUGUUCAGAAAACCAACUCCAUCCACUGUGAAAGCCGGAGAGCUAGAGAUAAUCAGUCGCUGUCAGGUUUGCAUGAAGAGAAGAGACUGACAAAAUCACAGAAAAUAAAACUGCCACCUAAGCAGAGAAUAGUAAUUUUUUUAACUUGACAAAUGGCAGUAUAGAUGUGCUAUAACAAAAACUCCUUUUUAAGAAUGAAACUACUGUGCUGUGCCACCAGAUUAUUCACAAAAAGCAUUACUACUGUCUUUAGAUCAUUGUUGGUUUCAUUAAAGUGCCAAAUAUAUGAUGGUUGAGAUGCAGUUACAUACCCCAAAUCAAAUGGAGGGAGGGGUAUGGCUCAAGGUAUCCUUAAGGCUUGUUUACUUCCAUCCUGCUCUCCAACACUCCAGAGAAAGAGUUCUUUGUUGCUCAAGGACAUUUGGAAGACUGUUUAAUAGGCAAAGGUAUUUUGGACAGAAUUGACUCACACCUGUUGAACCUGCUAAAGCCUAGAACAGAAAUGGCCAAUUCAAACCAUUCACAUCUUCUAUCAGCAGAGAGCCCAGGACUGAUGCUAACUCACUAGACAGCUAAAAUUUAAAGCAUAUUGACUCAUUGCGUGUCUCACUGUAACAUUCCCUUAGCUAAAUAUACAAAAGUGCUUUAUUGCCAAAUGCUAUAUAAAUUUAAGCUAUCAAAUUAUCAAAGUAGGCACAACUCUCACCUUUUAAGUACUGCUUUUGAUAGACUAUUUUCCAUCCUUCCUUUGAAAACAUACUUCCCUUUAACACUUCCUCUAUUAAAUAAAUGCACAAACCAUUAGGCACCCCUAUUAGGAAACAGGUGCACUUGUCUUUCCACUUCAUUUGCCAAUAACCAUGGAAUUAUCAAGGUUACCCAUGGCUAGAAAGGAGAUAGGCCAAUUAGAUAGUCACAGGGAGAGUCAUGAAGGGACAGCACAUGUGCUGCACUGGAAUAUAUGAAAUAGUAAAAUAGCCCAAAGUCUUCUAGGACAAACAAGAAGGAUCAUCCAGGAUGAGAAGAUGUGGAGAAGGAGCAAUUUGCAAUGGUGAUGAAAAAACCCAUAAUGGAUAGGACCAUGGAUAUCAACGAAAUAUCCCUAUAAGUGCCAAUGCUAACUAAUUAAAUUCAGUUACCUAAUCAAUCUUGCUCAAAAUAGAUGGUUUUUGAUGCAAUUUUACAUUCUCACUUGUAGACUUAUUUCCUUGUUUGUCUUAUUAUAAAAUUCUUUCAUAUGUUGAGAGUAGUUUGUUAAAUUAACUGGCAAUGCAUAUAUAAUAAAAAACAGGGUUCUUGGAUGAGCUUCAAAUGCUCUCUAUAUAUCUAUAUAUCUAUAUCUAUAUAUCUAUAUCUAUAUCUAUAUCUGUGUGUAUAUAUACAUAUAUAUACACACACUCUUAUAAUUAAUACCUGCUAUAGCCACAAAAGAAGAACUAAAUACUGUCUGAGAUUCAUGAAGAAUCCCACAUUUUUUGUCUUCUGCUGCACUAUCUAGAUCUACUGUCAUGUCUAAAAAUUCAAUAGGCAUGAGAAAAGAAUUUAACACUGACUGCCCUGAUCUGCUGUUAGAGAUCUUAGAAGACAGGCUCUUGGAGCUGGAUGGAAGCUCUGCUUCCAUGUUCUGGUGGCCUUGUUGACACAUCAAAUCAGUUCCCCUAAUUUGUGCCACACUCCCUCACUGGCUCGCCUCAUGCCAAACCCCAAGCCAGAGUAAAGAAAACAACAACAUAAACACAGUUUAUACAAAACGGGAAGGCAUGAGCCCAAUGGAUAGAAAAUUGGCACUGCUCCCAGGAAGACCUGAGUGCAGGUUCCCUCCUCUGUCACAUGCUGGCUCUGAGACCCAGGGCAAGUCACUUAACCUCUCAGUGCUGCAGGAAAUUCUCUAGCUUGCAAAGAUGCCCAACUGCAUUGGUGGGAGGAUUUCCCUCAUCAGAGAGUUCCCUGCACUCACAGGUUCAGUCACCGACCCUAACUCUUGUAGAACCAAGCCCUUUAACUUUUCCAUUUUAUCUCCUAAGAAACAUUUCAAUAAAGACAAAAUAUAAAAUGUUUACUAAUUCUAUGAAUAUAUAUUUUAAACUUUCCAAGAACAAAUGAAUGCUUUUUAUUAUUUUGUUUGAUGCUUUUAAAUUAUCUCACUUUAAAAGGGACAUCAAAUGAUAAUAACACUGCUGGCAGGAAUAUAUUGGGAAUUCCUUUAUACAGAGUAUCCAUCCCCAAAGCCUUAUACAGGUUUAAACUAAGGCUGUUAAGACUUAAAGCUAUACUAAGACUUUUAGUAUUUAUAUAUACUAAAACCAUAUUUGUAAAUGUUUCUGUUCAUUUUCAAGUUAAAUACACCCAAGUUUGAAAACUAGAUUUUUUAUAAAUCUAUUGUCACAGAUUUUGAAGACAGAAAGGAUUGCAAAGGUCAUCCAUGGAUCCGUCUCCUAACUUUAGAAAUGAGGAAGGUAAGUCCAGGAGAGGUUGAGUAAAUUGCCACAGCUGAUUAGUAGCAAAAGCCAGAACCCAAAUCUAUUUUCAGGCCAGGGCUCUCUGAGCUUAGCUAAACUGCAAAUGGAAUCCUAGUCAAAAAUUGGUCUUAACACACCCAGGUCAUUUCCACAAAUUGUAUACUAGGAAAUUUUGUAUUUAUGAGACUGCACUUUCAAUUACACCAUUAUUUCUGACUUUAAAAAAGUAAUCAAUUUCUGUUAGAAAAAUUUAGCUUUGCAGAUGAGUCAUGAAUAAUCUUUUUAGAUCUAUGAUUUCAAAUUGGGAUUUAGCAAUCUGUUCAAAGAUUUCCCAGAGACCUGUUUUAAUAGAAUAAACAUUUCAAUUUACUUUCCAAAUGAAAUGAAAUAAUGCAAUGCUUGACUGUUAAAAUUUCAAAAUCUAACCUAAAUGAAUUUUUCCAUAUGUCAAAUGUUAUGUUAGCACUAAACAACAUUUACCAUUAAUUAUAUAAGAAAUGAAGUGUUAUUUUAAAACAUGUAAUGUUUUUGUUUCAAGAAUGGAUAACAUUAAUGUAAUACAUAAAUACUUCAACAUAUACAACUAAAGUGGAAUAUUUUGUUUUUUAAACAAUAUUCAUGCUGACUUAUGAUCUAAAAAUAAAAUUGUUUGAUCUAAAA